GACAAAAUUAUACCAAAGCUGCCGAUAUAUAUAGUUUUGGUAUAAUAAUGUAUGAAGUAAUUUCUGGAUUGCCCCCAUAUCAUGAUUUAAAACAUGAUAAUAAUUUAGCAAUAAAAAUUUGCAAAGGACUUAGACCAAGGUUUAACAUUAAAGUACCACAAUUAAUUGUACAUUUAAUUAAAAGAUGCUUAGAUGCAAACCCAUUAAGCAGACCAAUAGCAAAAGAAAUAAUUAAUAUUUUAUUUAGAUGGCAAUAUGAAUCUAAUAAUGAACAAACGAUAGAAUUACGAGCACAAAUUAAGGAAGCAGAUGAGAUAAGUAAUAAUUCAUCAAAUAGCAGUAUAACUUCAACUAGUUUAGGGAUAUCAUAUAAUACACAUUCAGAAGCUAUUUAUACAAGUAGAUUACUCGAUUUUAAUAAUCUUCCUGAACCAAAAAAUUCCGACGAUUAUUAUGAACAAAAUGAUAAUAUAAUUAGCGAGAAAUUUUCAGAAUCUUUACAACUUGAUAUUUCUCAAUUGAAUAAUAAGAAUCUUUACAAAUUAAUAUU